AUGGAAGAUGUUCAACCUCGUAUUAUGUUUGAUGAACUAGUGGAGGUGGAGAGAGUUGUGAAGAAGGAUCCGAAAGUUCAAUUUAUUUUGAAAAAGUAUUAUCAUUUUGAUAAUAUGGAUCUUGUUAUAGCGGAUGGUUGGGGUAUUGGAAAUGAUGGAGAGACAUGGGAACAGAGUCGUCGUUUAGUGCAAGUUUUUCUGUGGUGCCGAAUGAAUGCGAAAGAUGAUAAUUUGUAUGCUCAUCCUAUCGAAGGCUUUACACCUAUUGUAGACUUGAACUUAAUGGAAAUAAUCUAUUAUACACUCCACGAGAAGCUGAUAUCUCCCAUUCCGAGAACCCAGUAUCCGUACACUGUUCGCCAACUAGGCGAAGAGAAUUUGCGUGAUAAUUUGAAACCUCUCUCUACUUGCCAACCUAAGGGAGUUAGUUUUCAAGUGGAUGGACAUGUUGUGGAAUGGCAAAACUGGCGACUGCAUAUUGGAUUCAAUGUUCGAGAAGCCUUAGUUUUAAGAGAUGUUGAAUUCUGUGACCAAGGAACUUACAGAAAAGUUCUUCAUCGUGCAUCAUUAGCUGAAAUGUUAGUUCCGUAUGGAGACCCUCGACCACCACAUAAUCGAAAGAUAGCAUUUGAUGUUGGAGAAUAUGGCUUGGGGUUUUGCUGUAACUCUCUGAAGCUUGGUUGUGACUGUUUGGGAGUCAUAACCUAUUUCGAUGCUGUUGUUCAUGAUACACUUGGCAACCCUGUUACAAUAAAGAAUGCCAUAUGUUUACAUGAAGAAGACUCUGGACUAUUAUGGAAACAUUCGGAUAUUCGUUCUGGAGAUGUAGAAGUUCGAAGAGGAAGGAAGUUAGUAAUUUCUUGCGUGGCAACAUUUGUUAACUAUGAAUAUGGUCUCUAUUGGUAUAGUAUUCUAUUUCUAUUUUUUCCAAUAAGACAGUAUUUUACUGUAGUCCCACUUCUAUUUAGGUAUUUCCAUCAGGAUGGAAAGAUUGAGUUCACUAUCAAACACACUGGACAACUUUUUACUUCUGCAUGGGAUAUAGAUCGAGAUGGGAAAUGUCCAUUUGGAACUUUAGUGGCACCGAAUGUCAAUGCUCAGUAUCACCAACAUUUUUAUUGUAUGAGACUUGACUUUGAUUUAGAUGAUGAAGACAAUUAUGUCAGCGAGUUAAAUGUCUCUUCCAUGUCAGAAAAGAAGGCUCGUUUAUAUCUUGAUUCGAACAAAUCUUGUUAUACCUUUAAUGGCAUUCAAGUUGAAGAGACCAUAUUUGAACAUGAGAAAGAAGCUCAAAGACGAGUGAAUCCAGAGGCUGCUCGAUAUUGGAAGGUUUCUACUAGUAAUCGUCGGAAUCGAAUGGGAUAUCCCUGUUCGUACAAGAUAAUACCUCAGUCUGUGAGCUAUCCGUUUGCUUUGGAUCAUUCCUCUAUUGUGCGACGUUGUCAAUUUGUGAAGAACAGUCUAUGGGUUACUCCAUAUGAUGAACUUGAAUAUUAUCCUGCUGGAGACUAUCCUAACCAAAGCAGAAAGGAUGAAGGGUUAGCCAAGUGGACGGAUUUUAAUCGGAACAUUCGUGAUACGGACAUAGUAGUUUGGUAUUCCUUUGGCAUUACCCAUAAAUAUUCCUUUUUUGGAAUAGUUCCUCAAUGUGAAGACUGGCCUAUUAUGCCUGUCAUUGAAGCUAGCUUUGCAAUGCAUCCUUCGAACUUUUUUGACCAGAAUCCAACAAUGGAUGUUCCUCCUCAGUAUCUGAUCAAUGACACCGUGCAUGCAUGUCAAAAUGGUCACUAAUUGGCUUGUCUUCGAAAACUGCAUUUUUAUGUUUGUGAAUGUUCUUGAGAUUAAAAAAUGACAGAAUAAACUUUGUAUUCUGGAA